AUGGCUCCAGCACGCGACACCCCGUUCCGCUCUGCGGAAAUGAGCAUGGUGCAGCUGUACAUUUCCAAUGAAAUCGGAAGAGAGGUCGUCAACGCCCUUGGCGAGCUGGGCCUGGUCCAGUUCCGAGACUUGAACGGCGAGCUCAGCGCCUUCCAGCGAGCAUUCACCCAAGAGAUCCGACGACUCGAUAACGUUGAACGCCAACUCCGAUACUUCUAUGCACAGAUGGAAAAGACCGGAAUCCCCCUUAGGAAGUUGGACCUCGACAUGGAAACCCUUGCCGCCCCAACCACGACUGAGAUUGAUGAGCUCGCUGAGCGAAGCCAGGGCCUGGAGAACCGCAUCUUCCAGCUCAACGACAGCUACGAGACCCUCAAGAAACGGGAGGUCGAGCUGACGGAAUGGCGUUGGGUCCUGCGCGAGGCUGGCGGCUUCUUCGACCGCGCCCAUGGCAAUGUCGAAGAGAUCAGAGCCUCAACCGACGAGGACGAUGCCCCGCUCCUGCAAGACGUCGAGCAGAACAACUCGGCUCUUGAUGUCGAGCGGUCCUUUUCCGGCUUGAACAUCGGCUUCGUUGCUGGUGUCAUCUCCAGGGAUCGGGUUGCGGCUUUCGAGCGUAUCCUGUGGCGUACCCUGCGUGGCAACCUGUACAUGAAUCAGUCAGAGAUUCCCGAGCCUUUGAUCGACCCCAGCAACAACGAGCCGGUCAACAAGAACGUCUUCGUCAUCUUCGCUCACGGAAAGGAAAUCCUGGCCAAGAUCAGGAAGAUCUCCGAGUCGAUGGGUGCUGAGGUGUAUAAUGUCGAUGAGAACAGCGACCUCCGGAGGGAUCAGAUCCAUGAGAACGUCUUGCAGAACACCCAGCAGACUCUCAACGCCGAGCUGACCCAGAUCUCAAGGUCUUUGUCCGCUUGGAUGGUGCUGGUCAACAAGGAGAAGUCCGUCUACAAUACGCUCAAUUUGUUCUCCUACGACAGAGCACGGCGCACCCUAAUUGCAGAGGGCUGGUCUCCUACGAACGAUCUGCCGCUCAUAAGGUCCACGCUUCAGGACGUGAACAACCGAGCUGGCCUGUCCGUCCCGUCCAUCAUCAAUGUCAUCCACACCAACAAGACCCCGCCAACCUACUUGAAGACAAACAAGUUCACCGAGGCAUUCCAAACCAUCGUCAACGCAUACGGCACGGCCACUUACCAGGAGGUUAACCCGGCCAUCCCAGUCAUCGUCACGUUCCCUUUCCUCUUUGCCGUCAUGUUUGGUGAUUUCGGCCACGCCUGCAUCAUGUUGUGUGCUGCCCUGGCCAUGAUCUACUGGGAGAAGCCACUGAAGAAGGUCACUUUUGAACUGUUCGCUAUGGUCUACUAUGGCCGAUAUAUUGCUCUCGUCAUGGCUGUCUUUUCCGUGUUCACGGGUCUGAUCUACAACGACGUCUUCUCCAAGUCCAUGACCCUGUUCCCCAGCCAAUGGGAGUGGGAUGCUCCGGACGACUAUGUUGAAGGCCGUCAAAUCAGUGCCAAGCUCAAGGGCGACUACCGCUAUCCUUUCGGCCUGGACUGGAUGUGGCAUGGAACCGACAACGAUCUGCUCUUCUCGAACAGUUACAAGAUGAAGAUGAGUAUCAUCCUUGGUUGGGCUCACAUGACAUACUCGCUUUGCUUCUCCUACAUCAACGCGAAGCACUUCAAGAAGCCAGUUGACAUAUUCGGAAACUUCAUUCCCGGCAUGAUCUUCUUCCAGUCCAUUUUUGGAUACCUGGUCGUCUGCAUCAUUUACAAGUGGACCGUGGACUGGCUCGCCAUUGGACAGCAGCCUCCGGGUCUGCUGAAUAUGUUGAUUUACAUGUUCCUGCAGCCUGGUACGCUCGACGAGCAGCUGUACCCUGGACAGAGCGGAGUCCAGGUCUUUCUGCUGCUCCUGGCGGUGCUCGGGCCCACGGUUAUCGCGGUCUCGGAGAGACCCAGCGCGUUAGUGCUCUGGACGGCGACGACGGAGGACAAUGGCCAUGCGAUCAACGGCAGGCCGAGCAUCAACAGCGACGAUGAAGGUGUCGCCAUGAUCACGCAGAACAUCGACGAGGAAGAGCACGAAGAAUUUGAAUUCAGUGAAGUCAUGAUCCACCAGAUCAUUCACACCAUUGAAUUCUGCCUAAACUGCGUUUCCCACACGGCCUCGUACCUGCGUCUUUGGGCACUGUCGCUGGCUCACCAGCAGCUUAGUGCCGUGCUCUGGUCCAUGACCAUUGGGCCGGCUCUGAGCAUGACUGGUGUCGUGGGCGUGAUCGCCAUCGUCAUCUUCUUUGCCGCGUUCCUCAUUCUCAGUGUCAUCAUUCUCAUCAUCAUGGAGGGAGUGUCCGCUAUGCUUCACUCGCUCAGGUUGGCCUGGGUUGAGUCCUUCUCCAAGUUUGCGGAAUUUAACGGGUGGGCGUUUACGCCCUUCUCUUUCAAGAACAUGUUGGAGGAGUCGGAGGAGUUGAAGGAAUAUCUGGGUUGA